GCGGGACUUUGAGAGCCCCUCCGCUAGAACUAUAAAUACCGCCUCCUUCUCCCCCCUCAGGACACAUUGAAGUGACAGGCAAGGAGGGAGCACUAUUUUCGCGGAAAAAUAAACACAAAGGUAAGAAAUGGCUCGUACCAAGCAGACCGCUCGUAAAUCCACUGGAGGAAAGGCGCCGAGGAAGCAGCUGGCCACCAAAGCUGCCAGGAAAAGCGCGCCAUCCACCGGCGGAGUGAAGAAGCCCCACAGAUACAGGCCCGGUACUGUUGCUCUGCGUGAGAUCCGUCGGUACCAGAAGUCCACUGAGCUGCUCAUCAGGAAGCUGCCUUUCCAGCGUCUUGUCAGGGAAAUUGCUCAGGAUUUCAAGACAGAUCUGCGUUUCCAGAGUGCAGCAAUUGGCGCCCUCCAGGAGGCCAGUGAGGCAUACUUGGUUGGACUGUUUGAGGACACCAACCUGUGCGCCAUUCACGCAAAGAGGGUCACCAUCAUGCCCAAGGACAUUCAGCUGGCCAGGCGAAUUAGAGGAGAGCGCGCAUAAAAUGCUCCCUUUGGGUUUUAUCUUUUUAGUGGGGGUGGGUGGGACUGACUGGGGUUUGUUUUGUAAAUCUUGAACUAUUACCAGCAUGUGUGCCACCUGAUUUUUGUCAUUUGUAGUUUCAGGCAUGUUUUUGUACUACAUCUCUCAUUUCACUCAGUUUUUCCUCUUCCACUGUCCUGUUCACUGUAGAGCUUCAUAUCUGUAAAUGCGCAAACAGAAUAUUCCACUUUCUUUCUCAGGUUUGCAAAUGUAUUUUAGAAUCUGUACCUUUUUAAUCCUGUGUGUGCAUGUCAUAGGAUUUCUUGUCGUGCUGUAAAUAAACUUUCCGCUACCUCAA